AUGCUCUCAUGUUUCACCGGACAUCUGUCGCAAACCAAAUCUUCGUUUUCUUUCGUCGUCCUUGCCCUUCUCAUCUCCAAUCAGCUUCAGACUGUUCAUUCGGCUUCGAUCCCCAAUGGUCCUGGUCGAUUGGUGGACAAUCUGUCGAACUCAACCGAUCUACAAAGUUUCUAUAAUCUAUCCUCGGUUUCAACUCGACCCUCUCAUCGAUAUCUCGCCUCGCAUCAUGCGUCGACCGGUAUCCCCCAAAAGGAGACGGACUCCGUUUUACUUGACGAAUGUCUGAGCCGGCCUCUAAGCCCCAAGUUAUGGAUGGAGUUGGGGAUGAACGAAUUUUUACGUGACUAUAGGAAUGGCGAGAAUGUAAACUUAAUGCAAUUAGCCAAUCAAGUCAACUUGACGAAUUUCGAUUGUGGAAUAGAGAAACUAUGCUAUGCGGAUCAGCUUUGUCAGCCCGUAAGAGGAAAAGAGUGGUAUAUAUUAGUUGCAGCACAAGAAUGGAACACUUUUAUGAACGCAGCUUAUCAGUCUAUUGGAUGGGCUAUGACUAUGAUGCAAGGAGUUGCUCCUUCACUGGUUCACGAUUUCUAUCCAGACUUGCCCGAUACCUGGGCGAUCAUCAAAGCUAUUUUGACCUUUGCAUCAGCUCUGGCAAAAGUGAUCCCUACAGAGGGUCUUCUUACCUACCCUAAAUGGUUAUACCAGUUGGUCCAAGGAGAAUUCGGUCUUUUUGCUGGGGUCUCUAACCUGAUGGAUGACAUCAUUAUGAAAAACCCCGUCAAUCAACAUGACAAGUGGACUGCAUUUUCGUAUGCUUUAUCGACGAGCCAAGACCGGGCCCAAAUGGCAAUUGCCAACCUUUCUCAAUCGAUAAUUGAAGCCGGUAUUAGCACUGAAAACGGAAUAUAUGGCGUUCUGAAAGACGGAAAUUUCUUGAUGUCUCGUUCCAAAACUCGUAAAAAUGCUCACGGAAAAUUGGACAAUAUUGCUGGUGAUAAAGAGUCAGAAAUGAAAGUCGCAGUCCAGUUACAUCUUUUGGCAGCGAUUUGGGAGCAACAGAACUACUUUAUCACCCGUGGAAGUGAUCCAUGUACCGGAGCUGGUCCCAAUGGUGCAUGGGGAGGAGAUAAGGUACUUUCGUAUUGCGGACCUGACAACGUAAUGAUGAAUAUCGUUCAAGUCAAAGGAAAACAUGUGAUCAAAAAAGUUCAUAAUGCUAAAUUGGUCACCGAAAAGUAUAACUUUAGCGUGAAAUCCUUGACCGAAGCUGCGUGGAAUUGUCAGAAACAGAGCGGUAAAUUUGAGUUUGACGUGUGGAAUUCAACCGAUCCGGUAAAAUUUGACGAUCAGUGCAGUUUCAACUUGCCUGUGUGCGAUCUCACUCGGCCUGAUAUUCGUGAAUACCGAGACAGCGGUGCAGGUACCGUUUCAGCCUGUAGAAUCAUUGGCGGAUUACCCAUCUAG